AUGCAGGACCCUUCAGCGCCUCGUCCUCACUCACCGGCCGAGCUUUACCUUUCAGCACUCCGCGACCUCGACAGCCCUCCGGCGGUGGUUGGGCUUGCAGCCACGCUUACCACUCAGGCUGAGGACAUCGCCGACGCAGAAAAUAUACGCUUUCUCAGAAGCAUUGAUCCUCAAGAAGAAUGGCGUAGCGAGAAUGCGGCGGCUGCGGAGCAGGAACUGCUAGAUGAGGUGCGGAGCGCAAGAGAAAGGCUCCAAGCGCGGGAGAGAGCGCAGGCAAGGACGUCAGAGCUUCGAAACGAGGACCGGGAGCGGCAGAUGCGACUGUCGAGGAUCCUCAACACCUUGAGCCGCAUCAACGACCCGCCCAACGCCGACAGUAUGGCCUACAGUGACCGGACACCGAGACAGAACAAUCUCUACGACUGGUCGCCGGCGCACGAGGAAGGUGACGACGAAGAAGAACUCGAGGAGGUUUUGCAAGAGCUCCGCCAUCAGCAGCCCAACACGCACCCGGAAAUAUUGAGAGUGCUGGGGCGGUCCCAGCUGGAUGUGGAGCAACAGACCAGAAACUGGGCAAACUCUCGUCGCACGCACAUACACGAGGCGGCACAAUCACCGUCCUCCGCUCGUCGGCAUCCAAGGUUCUCAGCAAGGUCUAGGGACUAUAUGCAGCGAUAUAUUAUGGAUCGAGAGGCAGCAUAUCGCGGACAGCAUGGAGGGGGAGAGGUCGACCGACACACCUCUUCGAGACUUCCGGCAGCGUCGACCAGCACAAGCGCAAGUCGCUAUGAGGCCGGCCGCCGAGCCUGGCAAUCCCAGCAACGAGCCGCAGGAGCUACAGGAGCAAACGUCACUCUGGACCGAGAUGUAAGAGCACGGAUUGACGCCUAUCGGCGCGGCUAUCUCGAGAAUCCCUCUUCGAGUAGUCCUUCGGCAACGCCGACAUGGCUUGAGGAAACCAUCAAAUACCUUUCCCGACUACGGUCUUCCAACUACUAUGAGGACAGCUUGUCUCUGGCCGUGGACGCAGGCUUCGUUUCCAAAGAAUUCUUCGGCGAAGGGCACGAAGAUUUCGUUCUCGAAACCCGCAGCCUCCCCAGUCCACCCUAUACCUCAUGGCUAGCGCCAGGUGUCGUCUUCUCCGGGUCACAGCGCGCAACAUCCGUCAACGCCUCUGUCACCCGAGCUCCUAGUCCCGCCACAAGCACAACCCUCUACCGCUUCCGAAACAACGAAACCAUGACAUCCACAACCUUCGACCCGGCCAGGUCAAACUUCGAUCCAGCGCGGCCAUGGCUGAGUCACACCUACACACCGCCCCACCUCCGGCGCACCGCAGACGCCACAUCCACAUCAUCCCAACAAGACCGCUGGCCCGUCCGAGUAACCAUUCAUGCCGUCGACUACUCCGCCAUGACCCUCGCCGCAACAAUGGAAGCCUACAACGUCCCUUCGCACACACCCUCCUACACCAGCAUCAUCAGCAGCGCCAACGCCACAACCAGCACCUCCUCCGCCCCCACCUCCACCACCCAGCACCCGACCAACGACCCCGCCGCCCGGCCCGCAAGCACCCCCACCCGCAGCUCCAGCAUAACGACCUACCUCGAAGGCGAGCUCCUCGACUUCAACACCCACACCUUCCAGACCGAGUCCUUCGCCUCCUCCCCCGCAACCGACGCGACCUACUGGCGCAAACUCCCGCCCUUCGCCAAAAUCAGCGACGACGACCUCGUGCACCGCCUCGUCAGCCGCACGUUCUUGGCCGAGCUGCAGAGGGACUGGAUCCUGAUGCGCUGGAAGGAGCGGUGCUUUGUGCGGAAGGCGGCGGGCCAGCAGCAGCGGUCGGAUCGGCAUCUUGGGUGGGGCGGGGCGGGGGAUCAGGAGGCGCUGAGUGAGGACGGGUGCGGGCUUACGAUCAGCGGGUUUUAUUACGUGUGUUUGAGGCGCGCGGAUGGGGAGGUUGAGGGGCUGUACUAUGAUCCGCAGAGUAGUCCGUAUCAGCACCUGCAGCUGAGUUCGGCGGGGACGGGCACGUUUCCUGCGUGGUCGUUUCGGUAG